AUAAAUUCAGCCGUCCCAUCUACUCGCUUCAUAGACCCUUCAGUGGAGCCGGCCUCCACUCCACCAAUUGCUUUCAGGGGACUGGGAAAUUUGCUGUACACAAAACAAAGGAGGAAACUAAUCUACGAAGAACUAUAAAGACAUAUACUAUCUCCACGAACUUGGUGUUAAAUCCAAACAUUGCAAAAGCAACGGUUGGCCCUAAUACACCUGCGAGUGGAUUUGCAGAAGACAGCGCUGCUUGGAGCGAGGGUGUAUCAGACCUCCAGGAGGUGGCCUCCCUGAAGGAGCGGAUGGCACGGUACCAAGCAGCUGUUUCCAGGGGUGACUGCCGCAGCUUCUCUGCUAAUAUGAUGGAAGAAUCGGAAAUGUGCACAGUGCCCGGUGGUUUGGCCAAGGUGAAGAAACACUUUGAAGAUGAAGUUACUUCUUCUCGUAAUGCGUUUGCUCAGCACCAAUACCAACAGCAGAACAGAUCUGAGCAGGAGGUAAUCCGGAGCAGCCAGGUCAACAUUUCAAGAAGCAGCCAAGAAAUGGCAAGAAAUGAACAAGAAGUGUCCAAAGAACACAAAACUGAUGUUCUUGGAACAGAAAUGGUUUCUCACCUUGAAAAGCACACCGAGGAAAUAGACCAAGCUUCUCAGUUUCAUCAAUAUGUUAAAGAAACUGUCAUUGAUACACCUGAGGAUGAAGAGAUUCCAAAGGUUUCAACUAAGUUGUUAAAAGAGCAAUUUGAAAAGUCUGCCCAGGAAAAGAUUGUUUAUUCUGACAAAGAGACGACGACGACCCCAGCCAAGCAGAUUAAGAUUGACAGUGCAUAUGGAGAGACUUUACAGCCAUCCUCAGUUGUGGCUAGCUCUUCCACUUCUUGCACUGCAACCAGCCAGAGGAAGGAAACAUCAACCACAAGACACCAUGAUCACAGUGUCACUUCCUCAACUCUGGCACAAGCUAAUGGUACUUCUUCAGGAAAGACAGAAGAAUUUCCUCCUCCCCCACCUGAUGUACUUCAAACUCCAAUAGACGUGACAGCAUUUUCCCAGUCCCCUGAAUUCCCUAUCCCUCCUAGAAGACUACCAGUCCCCAAAGAUUUAUAUUCUAAGCAAAGAAAUUUGUAUGAAUUAAACCGUUUAUAUAAACACAUUCAUCCAGAGUUAAGAAAAAACUUAGAAAAAGAUUAUAUCAGUGAAGUUUCUGACAUUGUUUCCAGUCAAAUGAACUCUGGAAGCUCAGUUUCAGCAGAUGUGCAGCAAGCCCGGUAUGUUUUUGAAAAUACAAAUGACAGUUCUCAAAAAGAUCUGAGCUCAGGAAGAGACCACUUGGAGUGGGAUGAAAUUCUGAAGGGGGAGGUGCAGUCCAUUAGAUGGGUCUUUGAGAAUCAGCCAUUGGAUUCCAUCAACAAUGGCUCUCCUGACGAAGAUAACAUUUCCAAGGGCAUUGCUGACCAAGAAAUCAUUGCUGGUGGUGAUGUGAAAUAUACCACCUGGAUGUUUGAAACCCAGCCCAUAGAUAUACUGGGGGCUCAUUCUGCUGGCACUGAAGAAAAUGCAGAGAAAAUUCCUGAGCUAGCCAGAGGAGAUGUCCGCACAGCCCGGUGGAUGUUUGAAACAAGGCCAUUAGACUCACUGAAUAAAAUGUAUCAAAGUCAAGAAGAAUCAGCAGUAACUGUCAUUAAAGAUAUAACUGGGGGAGACGUCAAGACUGUGAGAUACAUGUUUGAAACUCAACAUCUUGAUCAAAUUGGACAGCUUCAUUCAGUGGAUGAGGUUCACUUACUGCAACUUAGGUCUGAGCUCAAAGAAAUUAAGGGAAAUGUUAAGAGAAGUAUAAAAUGUUUUGAAACUCAACCAUUAUAUGUCAUUAGAGAUGGUUUAGGUCAAAUGCUAGAAAUUAAAACUGUACACAGAGAAGACGUUGAAAAGGGGGAUGUGAGAACAGCACGUUGGAUGUUUGAAACACAGCCAUUAGACACAAUUAACAAAGAUAUUACAGAAAUUAAAGUUGUUCGAGGAAUAUCCAUGGAAGAAAAUGUCAAAGGUGGGGUAAGUAGGGCAAAGUGGUUAUUUGAAACCCAACCUUUGGAAAAAAUCAAAGAAGAGUCAGAAGAAGUCAUUGUUGAAAAGGAAACAAUAAUAGGUACAGAUGUCUCCAGAAAGUGCUGGAUGUUUGAAACACAGCCAUUAGACAUUCUAAAAGAAGUGCCUGAUGCAGAUCCUUUACCACCUGAGGAGAUAAUCGGGGGUGAUGUACAAACUACUAAGCAUCUAUUUGAAACACUUCCAAUAGAGGCUUUAAAAGAUAGUCCUGAUGUAGGAAAGCUUCAAAAAAUCACUGCUUCUGAAGAAGAAAAAGGGGAUGUUAGACACCAAAAAUGGAUUUUUGAAACUCAACCUCUAGAAGAGAUUAGAGAAGAUAAAAAAGAGUACACACGAACAGUGAAACUUGAAGAAGUAGACAGAGGAGAUGUCAGGAAUUACACACAUCUCUUUGAAUCAAACAAUUUAAUUAAAUUUGAUGCAUCACAUAAAAUAGAGGUGGAAGGAUUCACAAGAGGUGCUGUAGAGCUAAAUAAAUCUCUCUUUGAGACGACACCACUGUAUGCCAUUCAAGAUCACCUUGGAAAGUACCAUCAAGUGAAGACAGUCCAGCAGGAAGAAAUCCUAAGAGGUGAUGUAAGAAGCUGCAGGUGGCUUUUUGAAACAAGGCCCAUGGACCAGUUUGAUGAAAGCAUUCAUAAAUUUCAGAUAAUUAGAGGCAUAUCUGCUCAAGAAAUUCAGGCCGGAAAUGUGAAAUCUGCUAAAUGGUUGUUUGAAACCCAACCUCUUGAUUCAAUUAAAUAUUUUAGUAACGUGGAAGAAACAGAAAGUAAAACUGAACAAGCUACAGAUAUUGUUAAAGGGGAUGUCAAAACCUGCAAAUGGCUUUUUGAAACCCAGCCAAUGGAGUCUCUUUAUGAAAAAGUUUCAUUAAUGACUGGCAGUGAAGAAAUUCACAAGGGAGAUGUCAAAACCUGCACUUGGCUUUUUGAAACUCAGCCACUUGAUGCCAUCAAAGAUGAUGCUGAAACAACAGUCAAAUUGCAAACUGUAAAACAGGAGGAGAUCCAGGGUGGGGAUGUUCGUACAGCAUGUUUUCUUUUUGAGACAGAAAAUCUGGACAGUAUACAAGGAGAAGAAGGGAAGGAAAUCAAGCUGGUGGAAAUGGAUAUACAAGCAGGAGAUGUUUCCAGCAUGAGAUAUAAAUUUGAAAAUCAGUCCUUAGAUUCUAUAAGUUCCAGUUCAGAGGAAGUUUUGAAAAAGAUCAAAACCCUAAAAACUGAAGAUAUUCAGAAAGGCAAUGUUUUAAAUUGUAGGUGGCUUUUUGAAAAUAAACCAAUCGAUAUGAUAAAAGAAAGCCAAGAAGUUGAUGAAUUGGUUAAGACAGUGACAGACAUACAAGGUGGGGAUGUGAGAAAGAGGUGCUUUAUUUUUGAAACGUUUUCUUUAGAUGAGAUUAAAGAAGAAUAUGACUAUAUCAGCACCAAGAAAACAAUUACUGAAGAAGUAAUAAAGGGUGAUGUAAAAAGCUACAGAAUGCUCUUUGAAACCCAGCCACUCUAUGCAAUUCAAGACCGAGAAGGGUACUAUCAUGAAGUGACAACAGUUAAAAAGGAAGAGGUGAUUCAUGGAGAUGUGCGAGGAACAAGGUGGCUUUUUGAAACAAAGCCAUUAGACUCGAUUAAUAAAUCAGAAACUGUGUAUGUUAUUAAAUCCGUCACACAAGAAGACAUUCAGAAGGGAGAUGUUAGUUCUGUCAGAUACAGAUUUGAAACCCAGCCACUGGAUCAGAUUUCAAGAGAAUCAUGUAAUAUUAUGCCCACUGUUGACAAUAUUCAAGGUGGCGAUGUAAAGACAAGUAAACAACUUUUUGAAUCUGAAAAUUUUGAUAAGAGUAAUUAUGUAAGAACAGUAAGUGUCAAUGAAAUACAAAAGGGCAAUGUCAAAACAUCUACUUGGCUAUUUGAAACCCACACUGUAGAAGAGCUUAGAGGAGAAGAGUUAGAUGACAGUAUCAGGACAGUCACCCAGGAAGAUGUGCAGAAAGGUGAUGUUAAGCAGGCAGUGUGGCUUUUUGAAAAUCAAACUUUGGAUUCCAUUAAGAAAGAAGAUGAAAGCAUCUCAAAAAUGACCAAGGAAGAAAUCCCUCCUUCUGAUGUCAAAACGACUACCUGGCUCUUUGAAACAACACCCCUUCAUGAAUUUAAUGAAACUAGAGUAGAAAAGGUAGAGAUUAUUGGCAAGAGCAUUAAAGAAACCUUAGAAGAUCUGUACUCUCAAAAAUUUAUCCAGGCUCCUGGAAUCAUCAUUGAAGCUGAUGAAGUUGGGGAUGUCCGAAUGGCAAAAUACAAGCUAAUGAACCAAGCAUCUCCUGAGAUACAAAAAGAAGAAAUUAUCAGGGCUGAUCUCAGAAAUAUAAUGGUGAACCUACUUUCCAAAAGAGACUGUACAAAAAGAGAGAUAUUGGUUAGUGAAGAAGAGAAGGGAAAUGUUAGUUUGACUAAAACUCAAUUAUUAAGCAGAUCUACCGAAUUUCAUACUGAAAAAGAAGAGAUAGUGAGAGGUGAUGUACAACAAGCAAUAAAAAGUCUGUUCUCUGAGGAAAGAUCUGUAAAGAAAGGCAUUUUAAUUCAGGAAGAUGAAAGAGGAGAUAUUAAUAUGACUAUCUAUUGUCUUCUUCAUGAAAAUGAUGGUGACACAAUUGAGCGUGAAGAAAUAACAGGGGGUGAUGUAAGAGGUACCAUUCAUAAUUUAUUGUCUUCUACAUCAAACAACAGAAUAUCUGAAAGGGCUAAAAUUGAUGCCUCUGAGAGGGGAAAUGUUCAGUUUUUCACAACAUGCAUAGAAACUGGAGCUUUGGAUUACCUCAAACAACUUCAGACAGGGUCAAAUGAAACAGUAACAGCUGGGAAACAAGAAAAAGAGGAAGAAAUAAUUGGUGGUGAUGUUGAAGGCACAAAACUGUUACUAAAGCAAAGACAGUCUCAGUUUGAACGUACUGUGAAUGAAACUGACAUCAUCCCAGGAGAUGUGCAUAAUAAAGUUAAGGUUUUUAUGACAGAACCUCAGAGUACAUCUGGUAAGACACCCAAAGAAGAAAUUAUAAAAGGUGAUUUGACAUCAACCCUAAAUUCUCUCAGACAGGCCAUAAAUCAGAAAACAGUGACUAAAACAGAAGAAACUAUAAAAGGUAACAUGCUGGCCACACUCAAGUCACUUAAAGAAUCAAGCCACCAAUGGAAAGAACCUAAACAGCCUGAUGUCAUCCCUGGUGAUAUUGAGCAAGCUAUUGAAUGCCUUGAAAAGGCUGCAAAUACAAGGACAGAAAUCCUGAAAAAGGAGCUUAUCCGAGAUGACCUUGAAACAUCAUUAAGGUCUUUGAAAGAAGCACAAGGCGCUUUCAAAGAGGUAGGUAAAGAAGGUGUAAUCAAAGAUGAUGUGCAAGCUGUGAUGGCAGGAUCUUCGGAAGAGCAGAAAACAGAGAUGCGUCAAGUGGCUGUCCAGAGGGACAAAAAAAGUCUUCUUCAGCCAAGGCCGGGACCAUUUGAGCCAGCAGCCAGGUGGCAAGGCGGAGCAGACACUCUCAGUCAAACUUCAGGAAAAUCUUGUCAUGAGAACUUAGUAGAAAAAAGAACUGAGGAUAAUCUUCCAAAAGGCCCCAAAGGCACUGUAAAGAUUGUCAUAGAUCGUGAACAAAACAAUGAUGCUCUUGAGAAAAGCCUUAGAAGACUGUCUAAUUCACAUCACAAAGCUAUUAAAAGUGUACUGGAAGCAGGAGACAGAAUGGGUGUCUGGACUGAUACCACAAGAGAACAGAAUCUUAGAGAUGAACAUAUGAGCAGCCAAUUAACUUCAACUGCGUCAGUUAAGGAAAAUCUAAAAACUAAAGAAUCAGACACAGUGAGGGAGCUGAAGAAAGAUGAUGCCUUUAACUCCACCCAAUUUAUCAACAAAACAGUUGGAAAGCAACAGACCCAAACCUGUGAUCUGAGGAAUGACCACCAGACAACUGAGGCUUUCCAUGUAAAGAAUCCCAAAAAGACGAAAACCAUUAAAAUAUCAGCAGAUACACAAAGCUCCAAGCCCAACCCCUCCCAGCGUCCAAUCAACAUGCCAGUUGGAGAAACUUAUGAAGUUGCAGGGGACUUUCAGAAGAAAACUUUGUUAAAGCAAGAAAUGCAAUAUUCUAAUAAGGAUAUAAAGAAAAAGGAUAUGAACCUUCAACCAGUGUGGCAGCCUUUGCCUGUAGAUCAAGACAUAUCCAAUGUAACAGAAGCAAAAGUCUCCGAAAAGAGCCACAAUAAAUUUAAGGUGACCGACAAAAAGGAGGAGACUGAUGUUUAUUUGAAAAGCCAGGACUUUCUAAUGAAGACAAAUACUUCCACAGACUUAAAAAUGGCAAUGGAAAGGUCCUAUAAUCCAACCAACUUUAACCCUCAGAAUGAUGUGAAAGAUACUGAGUAUCCCUUUCCCCCUCCAUCUCCACCUCCUCCACCACCUUCCAACGCAUCAUCUGAAAUUGAAUUUCCUCUUCCUCCUCCACCGCCUUUAAUGAUGUUGCCUGAAAAAAAUGGGUUUCCUCCCACACUGUCCGCAGAGAAGAUAAAGGCUGAAUUUGAAAGCUUCCCAAGCCUCCCUCUUCCUCCACCUCCAGUAGAUGAGAAAUCUGAAAAAGAAUGUCUAUCAAUGUUUCUACCGCCACCUCCUCCCCCUUUAACUCCAUCUCAAAAAUCAGCACCUAUCCUUUCUUCCUCUGUUCCAGAAAAGCACAGUGGAACAUUCACACACCAAUAUUCCCAAAAAGAAGCCUCAAGCUCUCAGCAAAUUCAUUCUCAGGCUAAAAUCAUAAAAGGAAAAUCAGGUGUGGUGCCACCUCCCACAUUGCCCAAACCCAAACUUCCCAAGCAUUUAGAAGAUAAAAGGAAUGAUCUCUCCCUAAAAGUUCAAUUGGAAAAUUCCCUGUCAGAUAUGGAAUGUAAAAUUACUCCCUCAAAUGACCAGAAAGGAGUCACAAUAGCGACCGGCAGUGAACACACAGAGAUAAAGCAGAACAUAUUUAGAAAGAGUCUUGAUGAAAGAAAACAAUUAUCUAUUGACUCUGCACAAUCUCUCUCAGAAACAAUUCCAGGGACUUCAGGAGCCAAGAAGAAACAGGUAGCACCUCUCAUAAAAUCUCACUCAUUUCCAGUAAGUUCAGGACCACAAAGUCCAAAACCUUAUAUGAGAAAAUUUAAGACGCCUUUAAUGAUUGCUGAAGAGAAAUACAGACAACAAAGAGAAGAGCUUGAAAAACAGAAACAGGAGAGCUCUUACUACAACAUUGUCAAAACACAAAGCCGACAUCGAAACACAGCAGAGUUAGAAAAGGAAAUUCCAUUACAAAAAACAAAUAAGGAGGUUCCCCUAUCUGGAAUUGACUCAGAAGGCACUGUGGUCCAACCCAUCCCAAACUCUCAAAGUAGUGCUCAGGCACUAGGAGUGUGUUCUGGUAACCAGGUCUCCACAUCAGCAGUGACGGUUGCUGCCAAGAGCCUCCAACAUGUUCUAGCUACCUCAGAAGACAAAGAAAACAUGAAAAACGAAGUUUUACAGAGUUCAAGGGACACUAUGCAAUCUAAAGCAGCUUGUGAAAUUAAGCAGACUCACCAAGAAUGUAGCACACAACAAACAGAACAGAAGAAAUACCUGGAGCAGUUGCACAUGCCCCCAAACAAACCAGUUUCCCCAAGUUUCAAAGUUAAAACUAUCAAGCUUCCAACUCAAGAUCAUACGUUAAAUGAAACAGACCACAGCCAUGAAUGUCAUAAGAAGCAAUCCAAAGUUGAGGUUCAAACCAUUACCAAACAACAGAAUCAGGAAACCAAGAAAAUUGAAGCAAGCACCGAAUAUAGUAAUAAACAAUCUGUGGCUGAAAAAUAUCAUCAGUUACCUAAGAAGGAGAAAAGAGUGACAAUAAAAGUGCCUACAGAAUCCACAGAAAUGAACCACGAAAGUAAGCUCAAGAUGGUCCCUGAGAAGCAGAGAGAAUUUAGGGAAUCUGAGAAAGGGAAACUUCCAGGAAGUGAAGAAAAAAAUCAGAGAUUAUCAGUGAUUGGUUUAAAAGAAGAGAGAUUAAUAGUUGAAAGAAAACAAGAACAUUCGAAGACUAAGUCAGCACCAAAGGUCGUCAAGCAAAAGGUUAUUGAUGCAUAUCUUGAUUCACAGACUCAGAAUUUUCAGCAAACACAGACUUCUGAAAGUAAAGUUGAACAUAAAAAAUUGCCCCAGCCAUGUAAUAGUCUGCAGGAAGAAAAAUGUCUUGAAGUCCAGGGCAUACAACAGAAACAAGUCUUCUCUAAUACUAAAGAUUCAAAGCAAGAGAUUACACAGAACAAAUCUUUAUUUUCAUCUGUGAAAGAAUCCCAGCAGCCUGAUGGAAAAUGUGCCGUAAAUAUAUUGGAAUUCUUGAGAAAACGUGAAGAACUACAAGAGAUUUUGUCUAGAGUAAAACAGUUUGAAGCAGAGCCAAAUAAAAAUGGCCUUAAAACAUUUCAGACACUGUUAAAUAUUAUCCCCGUAUGGCUGAUAAGUGAAGAGAAAAGAGACUAUGGAGCUCGCCUUGCUAUGGAGAAUAAUUUAGAAAAAGUGAAAGAAGAAAUAACACAUAUUAAAACUCAAGCAGAGGAUAUGCUUGUGUCCUGUGAAAAUAUAAUUCAAACAGCCAUGAGAUCCUCCAAAACAGGAAAGCAAGGAAAUAAACCUACCAGUCUUAAUGAAACAUCUUGGAAAGUAUCUAAUGCUAAUGUCAGCUAUAAUAAAAACACUGAACAGAAAGAAAAUAUAACAGCAGAAGAAAAAACAGUACACCACCAAGUAGCAACUCAUCAGGAAGCAACUGCUCAAACUCAUGCAAAAACCCAUCAGGAAAUUAAACUCGAGGACAGCAAGAUUUCUCCUCCCUCUAUAAAAACACGCCCACCAUCGCCUACUUUUAUAACAAUCGAAUCCACUGCCAGACGAACAGAAACUUCUGCUAAGGAUGAGCUCUCUCAGUCCCCUAAGAAGGACGGUUGCAUUGAACCCCCACCUAGAAGGCCCACGUCACAAACAUCGAGAAUUCACAGAGCAAACACCUCCCCUUCUCCGCCCAGGAGUCGCUCGGAACAACUUGUCAAACUGAAAGACACCACUGCAAAGUUAUCCCGAGGGACCAUCCCAUCUCGGUCUGUCACCCCGGUUCCGAUUGUAGAGAAGAGGUCUGAAAUCAUCGUGUCUCCUGCAACGCUGCGUCGUCAAAUUAAGAUAGAAACUCGUGGUAGGGACUCUCCUACAAUCACAAUACCUGUGAGUGUAAAUCAUGCAGCUAGUGGCUCUUUCAGGGAAUCCAUGGAGGCUCAAGAGAAAGUUAGGCAAGUAGAGAAAAGAGCCACCUACGUUCACAAGGAUGGGGGAAAUCCCGCUGCCCGUACGGUGCCGGAUACGGAAAGUUACGAUGCAGUGGAAAUCAUCCGCAAGGUUGAGGUGCCUCACCUGUCAGAGCACAUACACAGAUAUGAAGCAGCCAACCGAACUGUGCAAAUGGCUGAAAAUUUUGUGAAUGACCGUGAAAAUGAAAUAAACAGAUGGUUCAGAGAAUUCGAAGACGGCCCAGUUUUUGAAGCAAAGUCAAAUAGAGUUUAUGCAAACGGAGAAGCCAACCAUAAUAUAAAACAAGAAAGUCGUACAUUUUGUAAAGAGGAAUUUGGAUUAACAUCUUCAGGAAACACUAGUUUUACAGGCUUUUCUUGCAAACAUCCUAGAGAGGUGCAAGAAAAAAUUUCUGUUAAGCAGCCCCGGGUCUGCACUGAAACAAGGUCUCUAACUGAACGUUUCUCAGGCAUGGAUGCAUUUGACAGUCAGAUUGUUGAGUCAAAGAUGAAAACCUCUUCAUCAUAUAACUCAGAAGCUGGCAAAUCUGGCUUUGACUUCAAGCAUGCCCCACCAACCUAUGAAGAUGUCAUUGCUGGCCAUAUUUUAGAUAUCUCUGAUUCACCGGAAGCACUCAGAAAAAAUUUUCAAAAGACAUGGCAGGAGAGUGAAAGUGUUUUUAAAAAUCUGGGAUAUGCAGCCUCAGAUUCUUCUGCAGCUGAAAUGAGAACCACCUUCCAAGAGGAAUCUGCAUUUAUAAGUGAAACUGCUGCUUCAAGACAAGGAAAUAUGUAUACUUUGUCAAAAGACAGUUUAUCCAAUGGAGUGCCUAGUAGCAGACAAGCAGAGUUUUCAUAAGUCCUGCUUCCGAUGCCACCACUGUAACAGUAAAC